AUAAGCCCUGCUUGGUUCAUUUCACCAGAGUGCAUUACGCUUCUCUAAGCGGUUCGCCUCGACUUCCUCUUCUUGUUCUUCCAAUUCCAUUACUUUUAUCAUUGUGCACUUUCAGAAUUCGGGUUCUGAUUUGCAACUUUGUUUUACAAUUUUUCUCAUCUCGGAUCUCUCAAGACCAUAGUAAUGAAGAAAGCAGUGUUGAAACUGGACUUUCAGGAUGACAAACUCAAGAAAAAAGCCAUGAAGACGGUCUCUGGCCUUCCAGGGGUUGAAUCAAUCGCCAUGGAUAUGAAGGACAAGAAAUUGACAGUGAUUGGAGACAUUGAUCCAGUGAGUAUAGUGAGCAAACUGAGGAAGCUUUGUCACACUGACAUAGUAUCAGUUGGACCAGCAAAAGAGCCGGAGAAGAAGAAGGCAGACGAUAAGAAAAAAGAUGAGGCUAAAAAAGACGAUGUAGCUGAGCUUGUUAAGGCCUACAAGGCCUAUAAUCCGUCUUUGACCACACAUUAUUAUGUUAGAAGUGCAGAGGAAGAUCCAAACUCCUGUGUCAUCUGCUAAAUUUUUAGUCUUUGGAAUCUAUAAUAAGAGGAAAUCUUAAAUUUUCUUCUUAAAAAAUCAGAUUAUGCAGAGCCUGUGAGGCUCAUAUGUACAUUAGACUGAUGGGUUGUUCUUCUCUUAUGUUUUGUUGGGUGGAUUUGGUAUUAAUGAAUCAGAAUUUUCUUGGCGACCA